GUUCCCUGAAAACAGAAGGCAAAGGCACUACUCGAUACGACGACGGACGGACAGCAACUCAAGGCACAAACUCGCUCUUAAUUGAACUAUUACUCAUACUUCUGAUGGAUAAUGAGGCCGAUGCGUUUUAUGAGGGAGCUUCCUAAAGUGGAGCUUCACGCGCACCUGAACGGCUCUGUCAGUUUCCAAACCAUCGAGAAACUCAUUCGCCGCAAACCACAGCUCAACAUCGAGCACAGUAUGACUGCUAUCGGCAAAGGACAACGCAGAACCCUGGACGAAUGUUUUCAAGUCUUCAAGGUCAUUCAUCAGUUAGUAGACUCAGAAGAAGACAUCUUUAUGGUUGCUACAGAUGUUAUUAAAGAAUUUGCAGCUGAUGGGGUAAAGUAUUUAGAACUUAGAAGUACACCCAGAGAGGAGACAACCACAGGAUUGACGAAAAGAAGAUACAUUGAGACAGUUAUAAAAGCCAUCCAACAGUGUAAAAGGGAAAGAGUGGAUAUUGAUGUAAGGUUUUUGGUGGCCAUUGACCGGAGGAAUGGAAGUCAAGUUGCCAUGGAGACAGUGCAGCUGGCGGAAGAGUUCCUCCUCUCCUCUGAUGGUUUGGUCAUUGGUAUUGAUCUCAGUGGUGAUCCAACGGUGGGCCAUGGGAGAGAUCUUCUUUCUGCACUACAGAAGGCCAAGGACAGUGGGCUCAAACUGUCACUGCACCUCUCUGAAGUGCCAUCACAGCAUGAUGAAACAGAUCUGCUGUUGAAUAUUCCUCCAGACAGGAUCGGUCAUGGCACUUUCUUGCAUCCUGAAAUGGGUGGAUCUCAAGGCCUUGUUGACAAAGUAGUGCAGAAUAACAUACCACUCGAGCUAUGUCUGACAUCAAAUGUUAAAGGACAAACUGUGCAGUGUUAUGCUGAGCAUCACUUCAAAUACUGGUACCAAAUGGGACACCCUGUUGUGAUCUGUACGGAUGACAAGGGAGUUUUCGCCACGGACCUGUCUCAGGAAUACAAAAUGGCAGCUACAACCUUUGGCCUCAGUCAUGAAGCUGUUUGGAAGCUCUCGCAGCAAGCCAUCGAUUACAUCUUUGCACCUGAUUCAGUAAAAGAGCAGCUGAAGCAGAAGUGGAGAGAUCUACAGCCUCAGGAGUUUAAAUGAGUCUUUUGCUUACUCUGUAACCCACUAAAUACCUCAGUUUUAACACAAUGUAUUUAAGUUUUUAGAGAAAAAUAGCAACAACAUUACUCAAAUAAAUUGAGUAUUUAAUAUAAAAA